CAUAAAGUUUUUUGACACUGAAUUUAUUAUUUUUCCCACUGUUUUUCAACAAUAUAAACUUACCUACAGCGCUGCAGGCAAUUUUUUGUUGUCGAAGAUUACUUAAAUAGAUAACGAAAACGAUAUAUGAUAAAUAAAAAGAAGUAUCUGCCAACUUGUGUGAUCUACAGAGUAUGGUGUGUGACAAAAAUUUAACUCUCCAAAAAACUGCAAAUAGUAAACUGAUUUGACAAUGGGUAAGCACAAUCCUGUAAAUACAGUUGAGAAAUGUGAUGAAUGGUUGUGUACAAGAACCAAGAAAAAGAUAGACACCCCAUCAGUUACAGGGAGAAGAGCUUGUUUAUCCAAGCCAUUGAGAAGUAUCGGUAAUCUCAUAAAAAGUUCUCCUCCCCCUGAAGAAUUAAAGACACACACAAAACAAAGUAAACUCAUAAAUUUCUUCGGGAAAAAAAUACCAGAUACAUUAAACAACGAAUCUUGGAAUAUUGUCCAGCUGUCAGAAAGUUCUGAAGAGUUACCUACCUUGUCUGGUACUAGAAAGAUUGAUAAUACAUCCAAUCAAACAAGGUGUUCAUUUCAUACAGACAAGAAGGGAGAUAACUUCACUCUGAAGUCUCAAGAAAGUGAAGAACAUUGUGUCAAUGAGAAGGGCUCUCAGUUCUGUAAAGAAGGAGAUGAUGAAUUACCUCCCCUUAAAUCACCUUAUUAUAAUAAAAGAAGAAGGAGUUCUGAUUCUUGUCUGCCAAAUAAACAUCCAAAAUACGAUAGUGAGAUUUCCUAUGUGAACAAGAAUCAACUUAAAGAUACUACUGAAGACUGUGAUCAGUCAGACAGUAGUCCCUUGGAACAGUUCAGUUGUAACUCCAAUCAUUGUGAUAGUCAAAAUCAAAAUAAUUCUUUUCAAUUGAGGAACCCAAUAAGAAAAAACAACAUCGUUGCAUCUUCUUCAUCUCUAGAGAGAAAUGAGAAACAUAAUUUUGGUGGAAAUGUGAUAUUAAAGGACAGAAUACACAAACUCUUUGAUAACUUUCCUGUUGUAACACAAACUAGUAAUAUUAAACCUAGAACAUGUGAUAUCCAUCAACUUCAUUUUAUGUCAAAAACCUCAUUGAAAAGAUCUGGAAUUCAGACAUCUGAUCAUUUAUUAAACAAUGACCUUGACCUUACGUCUGAGGUUGAACCUCCAAUAAAACCAACAGUAUCAGAUUUAUCUGACAUACCAAACACCGAGCUUGACUUUCUUUCAGAGGUUCAGACACCAAAAGAACGAACCAGUGUCUCACAUCAUAAAUCUGAUAUACCAAACACUGAACUGGACUUUCUUUCAGAGGUUCAGACACCAAAAGAACGAACUAGUGUCUCACAUCAUAAAUCUGAUAUACCAAACACUGAACUGGACUUUCUUUCAGAGGUUCAGACACCAAAAGAACGAACUAGUGUCGCACAUCAUAAAUCUGAUAUACCAAACACUGAACUGGACUUUCUUUCAGAGGUUCAGACACCAAAAGAACGAACUAGUGUCCCUCAUCAUAAAUCUGAUAUACCAAACACUGAACUGGACUUUCUUUCAGAGGUUCAGGCACCAAUAGAACGAACCAGUGUCUCACAUUAUAAAUCUGAUAUACCAAACACUGAACUGGACUUUCUUUCAGAGACUCAACAUUGUAGAGAGCUGCCUUUUUCAUCAAGUGAUUUAAACUCUGACUUUAUGACUGAUACUGACUCUUCAAUAAAACAUUCAGAAACACUUGAGCAAAUACAAUAUGAAUGGAACAUGGGCUCAUUUAAAGACCAUCAAAGAAAGUUGAUUAACACACAAGAUGCUGACAAAGAGCUUGAAAACUUUUCAUUAGAUAACGAUUCUCAGAUAGUUUUGUAAUUAUGGUGUUUAAGAUGGAGCAAUCUGUGGAUUAUUGAUAGUUGAAAUAUUAGAUGUAAAACUCAAAGUUUUACUGAAAUAACUUCUGCAAACUGGCUGAACAUCAUUGGUACCAGUUACAACUCAUACAAGAAAUUUAAAAUGGAGUGUUGCAUAUAAAAGUUGUUGUUAAAAUAACUGAAAAUGUAAAUGGGUCUUUUAAACUUGAACCAAUUUUUUUACAAAGAUUUUAGUAACUAUAUCAUUUUUAUAAAGGUCCAUGUGACAAUUUGCAUCACGUUUGUGUCUGUUGCUUGUAAACUUUUCUUUAAAGAUCUUGCUCUCUAAAGUAUCUAAAUGGAUUGAAAGAAAAGUGUGUCUACUUCAUUUAAAGGAAAGUUUCCAGGAAGUUUGGGCUUUUAUUUCCCAGGUUGAUCAACCAAUAUAGCUAUCUUGGCUAAAAACUGUAUAUAGGGGUCAAGCUGCAGGUUUUGACAAUAUCUCAUAUAUUACAAUUUAUAUGGUGACUAGAGAAAAUCAUAGCAUGAC